AUUUCAAGAAAGGAUAAUUAAGUACUCACUCUUGAAUAUUGGAACGCGAAUGAAGACAAUCACGCGAACUGCAACUUGAUCAUAAGAGAAAUUAAAAGUAAAUCAGUGAAGAAGACUCAAACCUACCCACAAAUUAUAAACUGUGUCGUUGACAUUAAUCGAAGAGCAUAGUAUUAAGAUGGGCAUUUCUUCCGAAAUUGCAGCAACUACGAUUGUUUGGCUGUGCCUGUGGAGUGUUGCUGACAGUGUUCUCAACACGAACAUCACCGCCGUUCUGUGCAACGUUGGUGGGUACACCUCAGGUGAUCCUUUUGCUGUCAGUUUAUCAUACGUUGUUGAAGAAUUGGAGAGAGAGACUCCAUCGCAGAAAAAUUACGAUUACUACAACAUUUCUCCAUAUCCUAAUGCCUUUGCCUACGGACAUGCCGCUUGCAACCUAAAUCUCACAACCUCUGACUGCAAAACCUGUCUUGGUGUUGCCAAAACGGCCAUAUUCAACGGAUGUCCCAAACGGAUAGGAGCUCGCUCGGUGCUGCAUGAUUGUACGAUCAGGUAUGAGCAGUACCCAUUUGACGAUUAGAGAUACAGAAUUGUUGGAGUUUUUUCUCAUGUUUCCACCAGAACCCUUUGUAAGCAAUGAAUCUGUUUGUGUACCACAAAAAUGCUUAGUAAUAAAGUCAAAUACUACCUAUUCUAUUCUUUCAUGAUCAACUCUCAUUUUGAUUUCAAUUUGCUUA